AGAGCUGUUCAGCACCUUCUCAUUGGAAGGCUGAAGCUACCAGCUGGUGCUGAAAGGAAAGAAGAUAUUCUACAAAAGUGAUAGUCAACAUCACCAUGAAGCUGCUGACUGUGUCUGCACUUCUUUGUGCAGUGAUGGCUCUGAGCACUGCUGCUGAUGAAGGGAGCAGUGAUGGGGGAAAGAGAUCAACUCAACCAGGAAAGGUUAAUGUUGAGAAGAGAACCCUGUGUUAUUGGCACAGGUGGGUGGGUUGGACUAGAUAUGGCAACCGAUACUACCACUACUUUCCCUAUCACCGGACUUGGGCUCAGGCUCAGAGAUUCUGUGAGUCCAGGAAUGCAAACCUGGCAUCUGUGCGCAAUCUCGGAGAGUAUCGGGCAAUUCAGAGGGUCAUAUAUCGCGCCACUCAUAGGUAUGGCCUUACAUGGAUCGGAGGCUCUGAUGCUCAACAGGAGCGUUAUUGGUUUUGGAUCGAUGGAACUCCUUUCAGAUUUGCAUACUGGUGUCGUGGAGAGCCUAACAACCGUUGGGGCAGAGAGCACUGCCUACACAUGAACUGGACAGGAUACAAGUGUAUGAAUGAUAUAUCCUGUCACUACCGAUACCCAUUUGUCUGCGUCUGGAAAAGGAGAUGAUUCCUGGUCUGACAUGAAGGCAUGGUACACCGGACAAAGACGUGAAAUAAUCUCACAUAACCUGAAGAAUCUGUUUCUCAUUUUACAUCUUUACCUUUUGUCUUUCGCUGUAACGCUACAUAAGGAAUGAGGCGACAAGUGACACAGAAUGGAGUUGGAUUGUCUCUUUUAACAGGAGCAAAUUGAAUGUGAUUGAAAAAAAUUGCUUUUAGCAACAUUUUAUUUUUCAUCUUCUGCAUCAAUAAAAUCUUAAGCAUUGACUGAAA